UGCCGUCGGCAGCGCCCAGGAACCUGACCUUUGACCUGUCGGAGCAGCAGCUGUCUCUGCGCUGGGCGGCGCUGCAGGAGGACGAGCUGCAGGGGACGCUGCUCGCCUACAAGCUGCAGUGGACGCUGGGAGGAGAAUCGCAGGAGCCGCUGCUCUUUAAGGACACCGUGGCCCAGCUGUCCGGCGGUGGACGCUUCUUCAACGCCUCCUUCCAGGUGUCGGCCUGCACCGCGGUGGGAUGUGGUCCCUGGAGCCGGCCGGUCCUGGUGCUGCCAGCCGCAGUGCAGGUCCCGGUCCAGCGGAGCCACAUGUGGGUGGGGGUGCUGCUCGGGCUGCUGGGGGCCGCCGUGGUCGGGCUGCUGCUCGCCGUCUCCGCCCAGCGCCGCGGGAAGGAGACGCAGUUUGGGUCAGUGUCUGUCCCUCAGUGUCUGUCUCACAGCGUCCGUCUCACAGC